AUGCCCAACGGGAACGCUCCUCCGGUACCAACUGCUCCACAUCUCGAUCACGAGCGUCUCAGUAAACCGAUUCACGAAGAGAGGCCCUUGAAAGUCAUAUGCAUCGGAGCAGCAGCUUCGGGUCUGCUAGUGGCGUAUAAGCUUCAAAGGUCCUUCGAAAAUUAUGAACUCAUCGUGUACGACAAGAACGACGACAUCGGUGGAACGUGGUACGAAAACAAAUAUCCAGGUUGUUCCUGCGAUGUCGCUGCACACACCUACACCUGGAGCUUCGAACCUAACCCCAACUGGUCAUCUGUAUACGCUGGCUCGAAAGAAAUCUACGAAUAUUUCAAAGGAAUUGCCAAGAAGUAUGACUUGGAGAAAUACUGCAAACUAAGCCAUCGUGUUCAAAAGGCAGUCUGGAAUGUGGAGAAGGGCCGCUGGGAGGUCGAAGUUCAAAACUUGGUAGAUGGGACAAUAAUUCAGGAUUCAUGUGACAUGAUCAUCAACGCUGGCGGUCUUUUAAACACAUGGAAACUCCCGGACAUCGAGGGCAUCAACGACUUCAAGGGUCCUCUGCUUCAUACGGCUCAUUGGGAUACCUCUGUCGACCUCGAAGGUAAACGCGUCGGGAUAAUAGGAAAUGGGUCGUCUGCCAUCCAGGUUGUACCAGCCAUUGCCCCGCAAGUGGACAAAAUCAUCAAUUUCAUUCGUAGGCCAACAUGGAUCACACCUAUGAACGUCGAACAACAUAUAUAUACCGAAGAGGAGCGUCGUGCUUUUGAAGACCCAGAGACACUUCUCAAAUACCGGAAAGAACUGGAGACAGCUUUUAGCUCCAUCUGGCCUUUGUUCUAUGCCGACUCCGAUAGUCAAAAGGGAAUCUUUGCAGCUGUAGUAACGGAGAUGAAGGAGAAGUUACGAGAUGAAAAACUAAGGGAGCUUCUCAUACCAACAUGGGCUGUAGGGUGCAGAAGAAUAACGCCAGGAACGGGCUAUCUGGAAGCCCUAAGUUCCGAUAAAGUCGAGGUCGUCUUUGGAGAAGUUUCCAAAAUCACCGAAACAGGUUGUAUUGGUGGCGACGGUGUAGAGCACCCGCUUGAUGUGUUGAUUUGCGCUACUGGAUUUGAUACCUCCAAUCGACCUCAAUUUCCCGUUAUUGGCAUCGAAGGUAAAGACCUGAACGACAUAUGGGCAAAGGAGUCGGAAUCAUAUUGGGGGAUCGCGACUCAUGGUUUCCCCAACUAUUUCAUGGUCGGGGGACCCAGUACUCCUGUUGCGAACGGACCUGUGCUCAUCGCUCUAGAGGCACAGAUCGACUAUGCUUUGAAGAUGAUCGAUCGCUGGCAAACAGAAAACAUUCACCAUGUUCAACCAAAGCUGGAGGCUGUUCGAGAAUUUAACGAACAUAAAAACAAAUUCAUGGAAAGGAUGGUCUGGAGUCAAGACUGCCGUUCGUGGUACAAGAAUAACAGUGUCACUGGAAAGGUGACCGUAAUAUGGCCUGGAAGCACCUUGCAGUAUCUAGAGGCUAUGGCUGAGCCUCGAUAUGAAGAUUGGGACAUCCAGUACACCGGCAACCGGUUCGCAUGGCUGGGUAAUGGGUAUUCGCAGACGGAGAUGGAUAGUACUGCUGACUGGGCGUACUAUCUCCGUUAUCAAGACGACAGCCCUUUCCAAAGUCGGGGCAAACGAAGAAAAGCCAUGACGAGAAAAAAGGUUGACAAAUCUGAAAUGAGCGAUGUGUUUUGA